CCCAGGACGCAAUCUACGUCAUAAUCGUGUGACCGAGGUUGUCGCUGUAGAGGUGGUUUCGUCUUCUGGUAUCCAUCAUAUUGCAGCUUUAGCUCAUCGUUUUGGGACAACAAUAAAUACCGUCUAAUGAGAGUACGUGUCUGUUGUGGCGGGGGGGAUUUUACAUCCGAAACCGAGCGGUUCUGUCUGCGCGAAACGGGGAAUGAACGACGAGACAGCUUCGGAUAGCUGGAAGAGAAACUCCGGGGACUCCAGUAUUGAGCAAAUGCUGGCUGUGAAUCCUGGAAAGACGCCCAUCAGUCUGCUGCAGGAGUAUGGAACGCGGAUAGGCAAAACCCCAGUGUACGACCUGCUGAAGGCAGAGGGACAGGCCCACCAGCCCAACUUCACAUUCCGCGUCUCCGUCGGAGAGAUCAGCUGCACCGGCCAAGGGCCCAGCAAGAAGGCAGCUAAGCACAAAGCAGCUGAGGCUGCUCUGAAGAUGCUCAAAGGAAGCCUCGGAGAUCCAGCUGGAGUCGCUGUCGGAGAAGACGUGUUUAUCGAGGUUGAUGUGCCUAUUGACGGAGACUGCUCUCAGUCAGAGAUGAAGACUUCCAGCAGUUCUCAACAGUCGGAAUGUAACCCCGUUGGGGCGCUGCAGGAGUUGGUGGUGCAGAAAGGAUGGCGUUUGCCAGAGUACACGGUCACUCAGGAGUCGGGUCCAGCACAUCGAAAAGAGUUUACCAUGACCUGCAGAGUGGAGAGAUUUGUAGAAAUUGGAAGUGGCACAUCUAAGAAGUUAGCCAAGAGGAAUGCAGCCGCUAAGAUGCUCUCACGGAUCCACGACGUUCCAGUGGACCUGAGGAGCAGCAACGAGGCAGAUGCAGAAGAAGAUACCUUCAAUUUGCACAUGGGCAGCAGAGCGGAGUCGGGUAAAAGCAAAAGUUUCAGCUGCACCUGGGAUUCUCUGCGUAACUCUGCUGGAGAGAAGAUCCUGCAGCUCCGCAGCCACCCUCUGGGAAUGCCAGCUGGCUCCAACUUCUGCUCGUUGCUGAGCGACCUGUCCGUGGAGCAGCGCUUUGAUGUCAGUUACCUCGACCUCGAGGAGCGCAGCCUCAGCGGCCGCUGUCAGUGUCUGGUGGAGCUGUCCACACAACCCAUCACUGUGUGUCAUGGCUUUGCUCCGAACGUAGAAGCUGCUCGAGCCCACGCGGCUCACAAUGCACUGCAGUACCUUAAAAUCAUGGCAGGAGGAAAAUGAGACACCUGGGCGCGUUUUUUGUCCGCAGACCCGAACUCGCCACCACGCGAUGCCAAUGUACACCUCCUUGUUGUACAGUAGAGGCUUUUUGACCUCAGAUUGGUUAAGAGACAUUUUUAUCCUGCCUUGAAGCUAAACACAAGUUUAUCUCUAGUUCAUUUGUUGUCCAGCUGGUGAAAAUCUCACAGCCUAAAACUCAAACCCACUCCCUUGAUAUUUUGUGUACUUGUGACAGAUUGUUUUAGGAAAAAAAAUUGUUUUUAGCCCAUUUAUCCUUCAUAUAAUUAGCUGUUUUCUUACAUAUGAAGUUUAAAAUAUAUACAUGACGUCAUAAAUGAUGCACUUUUGAGUCAUAUGUCACAAAUGAUGUUAGUUGAAAUUAAUAAUUUUAAGUAUGUUUUAAAAUAAUCAGCUUAUCUGAUUUGAGUUCAAAUUAAUGGAGAAAUUUGACUUUGUCGUUUUUUUCCUCAAAUCUUUGUGUUUUAUUUUACAACAAAAUCAACGUCGGAGCGAAUAUCCAUGAAUGAACCAUCUUUGACAAAUUCUAGUAACUUUUUUUGAGUUUUGUAAAGGUCUUUUCUGUUUUGAAGUACUUGUCAUGAAAUAAAAUAUGAUCCUUUUUUUAAAAUACAUUUAGAAUACCAAACCCUGAUAAGCUUUGUGAUCUCAGACCAGGUGAAUAAAGCUGUUAGACUCGUGCUGAGUAUAAUUACCUCAAGACGUUUGUGUUUGUGACGCCUAGAAUUUAACCCAGUGUUUGACUUUUAUUUUGAUAGUUUAAAUUUUAGUUUCAGUGUGAUGAUGUCACCAAAUCUACACGUUUAGCCCCAAAUUAAUAAGAAAAUGUCUUGUUAUUUGGAUCAAUUAGUUAUUUUAGACUGUGCAGUGAUGUUUUCACCCUGUAAAUGACAGAGUGAACACUUUUCAGUAAGGAACCAAAAAUAUUCUUAAAGUACAACCACCUCUGAUUAUUGUAAAGGAGGAAGUUAAACAAUGUUUUUUAACUUUGGGUGCUACAUUUUUUGUGCUGCAGUUUUAAAUCCUGUAACAAAAAUGUAAAUGAAAUAUGAACUCCUAACUUGCCAUUUUUAACAAAAUAUUGUAAUUUUACUGUUGUUUUCACCUGAUUAAAGAACCAUUCCACUCAA